AUGAAAGGCGAGCUAAGUCGACACUCUAGUAGUAAAGAAGAGCUGGCCAACGGACCGCUACUUUUAAAAUUAAAAUAUAACGGCUGCGCUUCUAAGCUAUUGUUCCGAUUUUCAUCUGAAUUAAUACAACAGCGUUCUCAUUAUCAAGUGGAUGAGUGCUUCGAGUGCUCGUCCAAAAUGGCGACGAAUGUCGCUUCACAUAUAUCGCGGACGUCGUUCAUCUGUUUAUUUAUGGCUUUAAUAAGUACGAGGGUGAAAGCAGGCGAGCUAUGGCCCAUGGAACGACCAGAAGGAAUGCCAGUCAUACAGUCUCUAGAAGUCAUGUGCGGGAAGGACCACAUGGAUGUUCAUCUCACCUUCUCACACCCUUUCGAGGGCAUUGUUUCUUCUAAAGGUCAGCACGGCGAUCCCCGCUGCGUGUACGUGCCGCCAUCUACCGGACAGACUUAUUUUUCUUUUCGGAUCGCAUACGCUAAAUGUGGUACGAAACCUGAUCUCCACGGACAGUUCUACGAGAACACGGUGGUAGUGCAGUACGACAAAGAUCUACUCGAAGUAUGGGAUGAAGCGAAAAGGCUCAGAUGCGAAUGGUUCAACGAUUACGAAAAAACAGCUUCCAAGCCACCCAUGGUUAUCGCAGAUUUGGAUGUCGUGCAAUUAGACUUCAGAGGGGACAACGUUGAUUGUUGGAUGGAGAUUCAAGCCGGCAAGGGUCCGUGGGCGCCGCCGGUGUCUGGCAUCGUUCCUCUCGGCUCGACUCUCACGCUUGUGGUUGCUAUCAACGACUAUCGAGGUGAAUUUGACAUGCGAGUGAAGUCAUGCGCAGCAUCCGAUGGCUCCGGUCAUAUAAUACAACUGUCAGAUGAAUAUGGCUGCGUUUUACGACCUAAAAUGAUAUCUAGAUUCCUCAAAGCGAAAGCGGCAGACGAGCGUGCAACGGUAAUAACUUACGCGUUCUUCCACGCGUUCAAAUUCCCUGACGCUCUGAGCGUGCACAUCAGAUGUAAAGUGGAAAUUUGUAGACACGGAUGUUUGGAUCACUGCCAGUUGGCUGGCAUCGCUCCUCAAGGACAUGGUGCUUUAGACAGAAAGGAUGAUAGAACACAUCAAGAUCAUAACGAUAUUGGUGAUUCAUCACUCGAGGAAUCCGACCUAAGUCUAGCUGAGGAUCACCACCUACCCCUGGAGGCGUUCGGAGACGAGGUGUCAGGUGACGCGGUACCAGCGCCAGCUCCUCAUCCAACGCAACCGGCGCCGCACGCCGACCGCAUGUCCGCUGUGGAGGAGCUCAUGGAAGCACUGGCGAGACCGUUCACGGAUCGACCAUCUGACCUAAGCGACGAGCGUUUCCCUCACGGUCCACGCAACUUCGGUCCCAAUAAACCAAUUACUGCAGAAAAUGAACCAUCAGGGGACGGUGUAGUACCAGCUAAACCAAUUGGACCAGCGGUUGCUGGACCCAGGUCCUUACGCAAACGCCGCACGGUUAGAGACGCCAGAUCUGCAGAUGUAGGCGUAUCUGGCAUUUACGAUGUCAUCUCAGAAGCCGACCUUGCAUUUGGACCUACAAGGGAACCCGUUACCGUUUUUAGUGGAAGGAUAAGAGAAGAGGUUGUAUAUGGCAUAUGUAUGGGAGCGGUAAGUUUCGGAGCGUUAUUCGCAUCGGCCGCGGGCGCGGCGGCUGGUGCUGCUUUAGCGGCCGCGGUAUUGCUCCAGAAACUUCGGUCACGAAUGACGUCACAACCGCCCGCUAUGACUGCCGCUCCCGCUUCGCACUCACUCGCCGCCUGGAUGGCGCUGAGACUUCUAGGUACCCCCCAUCCACACCAUUCUAGAGAAGGCUGA